GGCGCGGAGGGGCAGCCAUGGGCCACCUCGAGCUGCUGCUCGUGGAGAAUUUCAAGUCGUGGCGGGGCCGCCAGGUCAUUGGCCCCUUCAAGAGGUUCACCUGUAUCAUCGGCCCCAACGGCUCUGGAAAAUCUAAUGUAAUGGAUGCACUUAGUUUUGUAAUGGGAGAAAAAAUAACUAAUUUAAGAGUGAAAAAUAUCCAAGAACUUAUUCAUGGAGCCCAUAUUGGGAAACCUGUUUCUUCUUUUGCAAGUGUAAAGAUUGUCUAUGUGGAGGAAAGUGGAGAAGAGAAAACAUUUGCAAGAAUUAUUCGAGGGGCAUGCUCAGAAUUUCAUUUUGAUGACAAACCUGUGAGUCGUUCUGCCUACUUAGCAGAGUUGGAGAAGAUAGGCAUAAUAGCCAAAGCGAGAAACUGUCUAGUUUUUCAGGGAACCGUAGAGUUGAUUUCAAUGAAAAAGCCCAAAGAAAGAACUCAGUUUUUUGAAGAAAUCAGCAGUUCAGGAGAGCUUAUAGGAGAAUAUGAGGAAAAGAAAAAAAAGUUACAGAAAGCGGAAGAGGAUGCACAGUUUAAUUUUAAUAAGAAAAAAAGUGUGGCUGCAGAGCGCAAACAUGCAAAAUUAGAGAAGGAAGAGGCAGACCGUUACCAGAGUCUACUUGAAGAACUGAAAAUAAACAAGAUACAACUGCAGCUUUUCCGACUAUAUCAUAAUGAGAGAAAAAUUCGUUCUCUGAACACUGAGUUAGAGCAUGUGAAUAGAGAGUUGAGUGUCACGAAAGAGUCUCUUUCUCAUCAGGAAAAUAUAGUUAAAGCCAAGAAAAAGGAACAUGGAAUGCUAACUAGGCAACUGCAACAAACAGAAAAAGAAUUAAAAUCUGUGGAAGCACUUUUAAAUCAGAAGAAGCCUCAGUACAUUAAAGCCAAAGAAAAUACUUCUCACCACCUCAAGAAAUUAGACGUAGCUAAAAAAUCAAUAAAGGACAGUGAAAAACAACGUUCUAAACAGGAAGAUGACAUAAGAGCCCUGGAAGCAGAACUGGUUGAUUUAGAUGUUGCAUGGAAAAGUUUUGAAAAGCAGGUUGAGGAAGAAAUCUUAUAUAAAGGGAGAGAGAUUGAGCUGGAAGCAAGUCAGCUGGAUCGUUAUAAGGAACUUAAAGAUAAAGUAAGAAAGAAAGUGGCCAUAAUGACCCAACAGCUGGAGAAACUGCAGCGGGAGCAGAAGGCUGAUGAAGACAGACUGGCGUUUGAAAAGAGGAGGCAUGGAGAAGUUCAGGGAAAUAUAAAGCAAAUACAUGAACAAAUAGAAGACCAUAAAAAGAGAAUAGAGAAGUUGGAGGAGUAUACAAAGACAUGCAUUGAUUGCUUGAAAGAGAAAAAACAGCAAGAGGAAAUCCUGGAGGAUGAAAUUAAAAAAGCAAAAUCAAGAAUGUCUGAAGUUAAUGAAGAACUGAAUCUUAUUAGAAGUGAGCUGCAGAAUGCUGGAAUUGAUAAGCAUGAGGGAAAACGCCAGCAAAAAAGAGCAGAGGUUCUGGAACACCUCAGAAGGCUGUACCCAGAGUCUGUGUUUGGAAGACUGCUAGACCUGUGCCAUCCUAUUCAUAAGAAAUACCAGCUGGCUGUUACCAAACUAUUUGGUCGGUACAUGGUUGCCAUUGUGGUCGCCUCUGAAAAGGUAGCGAAAGACUGCAUUCGAUUUCUGAAAGAGGAAAGAGCUGAACCUGAGACAUUCCUUGCUCUAGAUUACCUUGAUAUCAAACCAAUCAAUGAAAGAUUAAGAGAGAUUAAAGGCUGUAAAAUGGCGAUAGAUGUUAUAAAGACUCAGUUCCCUCAGCUGAAGAAAGUGAUUCAGUUUGUGUGUGGGAAUGGCCUCGUCUGUGAGACGGUGGAAGAAGCAAGGCAUAUUGCAUUUGGUGGACCUGAAAGACGGAAGACAGUAGCUCUUGAUGGAACAUUAUUUCUAAAAUCUGGGGUGAUCUCCGGAGGGUCAAGUGAUUUGAAAUACAAGGCUAGAUACUGGGAUGAGAAAGAGUUAAAGAGUUUAAAAGACAGAAGAACCCAGCUAAUCCAAGAACUAAAGGGCUUAAUGAAGACACUUCGCAAGGAGACGGAUUUGAAACAAAUACAGACCCUAGCACAAGGAACUCAUACACGACUCAAAUAUUCACAAAGUGAACUAGAGAUGAUUAAAAAGAAGCACCUUGCUGCUUUUUACAGGGAACAGUCUCAGCUACAAAGUGAACUACUAAAUAUUGAGUCUCAAUGUGCUAUGCUGAGGGAAGGAAUCAAAGAACGACAACAAAGAAUUGAAGAAUUUCAGGAGAAAAUAGAUAAGGUGGAGGAUGAUAUUUUCCAACACUUCUGUGAAGAAAUUGGCGUGGAAAAUAUUCGUGAAUUUGAGAACAAACAUGUUAAACGGCAACAGGAAAUUGAUCAAAAAAGGUAUUUUCAUGAAGAGAUGUUAACUCGGCUAAACGUUCAACUUGAAUAUAGCCGCAACCACCUGAAGAAGAAACAGAAUAAAAUUGAUGCAUUAAAAGAAACUCUGCAGAAAGGUACAGAAGACACUGAUAACCUGAAGAAGACCGAAGAAAACUGCCUGCAAAUUGUGAAUGAACUCAGGGAUAAGCGUCAGCAACUUAAGGACAUGUUUGUCACUCAGAAUUCCAACAUUGAGAAGGUCCAAGCUCAAGUUGAAGAGGAACGGAAGAAGCUUUUGGCUGUUGACAGGGAAGUGGGAAAAUUGCAAAAAGAAGUUGUGAAAAUUCAAACUUCUCUGGAACAGAAACGAUUGGAGAAGCAUAACAUGCUGCUUGAUUGCAAAGUUCAAGACAUCGAGAUAGUUCUUCUGCUGGGAUCACUGGAUGACAUCAUUGAAGUGGAGUUGGGAGCUGAAGCCGAAAGUACCCAGGCAACCAUCGACAUAUAUGAAAAAGAAGAAGCCAUUGAAGUAGACUACAGCUCUCUGAGAGAGGAUUUGAAGGCUCUACAGACAGAUAAAGAAGUUGAGGCCCAGCUCACACUGUUGCUGCAGCAAGUAGCAUCCCAGGAAGAUAUUUUAUUGAAGACGGCUGCUCCCAACCUAAGAGCCCUGGAGAAGUUGAAGACAGUCAGAGACAAGUUUCAGGAGUCCGCAGACGCUUUUGAGGCCAGCAGAAAGGAAGCCAGAAUCUGUAGGCAAGAGUUUGAACAGGUGAAAAAAAGGAGAUACGAUCUUUUCAGCCAGUGUUUUGAGCACGUGUCGAUCUCAAUUGAUCAAAUCUACAAGAAGCUCUGCAGAAGCGACAGCGCCCAAGCAUUUCUUAGCCCAGAGAACCCUGAAGAACCUUACUUGGAGGGGAUCAGCUAUAACUGUGUGGCCCCAGGCAAACGGUUUAUGCCGAUGGACAACCUGUCAGGGGGAGAAAAGUGCGUGGCGGCGCUGGCACUCCUGUUCGCUGUGCAUAGCUUUCGGCCCGCCCCCUUCUUUGUUUUAGAUGAAGUGGAUGCAGCCCUGGACAAUACCAACAUCGGCAAAGUAUCUAGUUACAUCAGAGAACAGACUCAAGAGCAGGUUCAGAUGAUAAUCAUUUCCCUGAAAGAGGAGCUCUACUCCAGAGCCGACGCCCUGAUCGGCAUCUAUCCAGAGCACGAUGACUACAUGUUCAGCCGGGUCCUGACCCUCGAUCUCUCCCAGUACCCAGACACUGAAGACCAGGAAAGCAGCAGGGGACACCGGGAGUCCCGAUAGGAGCGACAGUGCCCUCUUGAGCCACUGCUGCCUCCAAGCAACAGGACAGUCAUGUACGGGUCAGGUUAAUGGCGGCUUAGUUCCCAGCUGCCCUCCGCACAGCUCCUGAAUAAUGAACUUCCUGAGCUGGCAGGAACAGCCUCAAGUGCUAUUUAAAAAAAACCUUAGCUCAGACCGAUGCAGCUGUAGCCCCUCCAGGGAAGGCUCCUUUUAAGAUCCGCCCCAGCAGGGAGUUUCCAGUGAAAGUUAACUUUGAAUGAGUUUAAGGAAAAAGUUAACAGUUUCUAACACUAUGUAACAGUCUAGUAAGAAACAUUUCAAAUUCUGCACCACCUUCACUCCUGUCUUGCCAAUUAUGGCACCUCUGAGUAAUCUUUAAGGGAAACUCUUAGUUCUUAAAUGAUAGUUAUAGGGUGGUUACGUUGUUUUAUGGAAAAUUAUUUCAGAGGAACUGUUUAUCAAUAUUGAAGAUAUCAAUAAAAAAUAAUUUCAAAUGUCUCCAAUCUACAACCUUGGAAACCAAAAACAAUUUUAAUGGGAAAAU